UCUUUUUUUUUUUCUUUUUUUCAAUGGUGCUUCUUGUCCUCUUCGAGUCCGCUUCGGGCUUUGCCUUGUUCGAGGCCGUCGAGAAUGCCGAGAUCGCCCUCACUGGCCCUGCGAUCCAGCAGUCCGUGACGGACUUUGCUCGUUUCGGCAAGGUCGUCAAGGCUGUCGCUUUUGCUCCCUUCAAGUCGGCCCUGCACGCGCUUGAGAACAUUAACGCCAUCUCUGAAGGUAUCCUCCACGAUUACCUCAACAACUUCCUUGAGAUGAACGUCGCCAAGGUUGGCGGCAAGAAGAGCAAGGUCCAAUUGGGCGUUGCCGACGCUCGCAUUGCCUCGUCCAUCACCGACUCGCUCGGCCUGCAGUGCAAGACUGGCGAUGUUGUCAACGAGCUGCUCCGUGGCGUUCGUCUGCACUUUACCAAGCUCACCAAGGAGCUGCGUGAGGGCGACGUCGAGAAGGCACAGCUCGGUCUUGGUCACAGCUACUCGCGUGCCAAGGUCAAGUUCAACGUCAACCGUGUCGACAACAUGAUCAUCCAGGCCAUCUCCCUGCUUGACCAGCUCGACAAGGAUGUCAACACAUUCUCGAUGCGCAUCCGCGAAUGGUACUCGUACCACUUCCCCGAGCUUGUCCGCAUCGUCAACGACAACACUCUCUUUGCCCGCCUCGCACGGUUUAUUGGCUCGCGCAAGACCUUGAACGACCAAAGCCUCGAGGGCAUUGAGGCCAUUGUCAUGGACACUGGCAAGGCCAAGCAAAUUCUCGACGCUGCUCGCUCGUCGAUGGGCAUGGACAUUGCUGACAUUGAUCUCGUCAACAUUGAGCACUUUGCCGACCGUGUCAUCUCGCUCAGCGACUACCGCAAGAACUUGCACGAAUACUUGUCCACCAAGAUGGGCCGCAUUGCACCAAAUCUCAGCGCGCUCGUUGGCGAGCAAGUCGGUGCUCGCCUCAUCUCCCACGCUGGCUCCCUGACCAACCUUGCCAAAUACCCCGCCUCCACUGUUCAGAUUCUUGGUGCUGAGAAGGCUCUCUUCCGAGCACUCAAGACCAAGGGCAACACACCCAAGUACGGUCUGAUUUUCCACUCUACAUUUAUUGGCCGUGCUGGCGUCAAGAACAAGGGCCGCAUUUCCCGAUACCUCGCCAACAAGUGCUCGAAGGCUUCCCGUAUCGACUGCUUCUCUGAUCUUCCCACAAGCAAGUUUGGCUCCAAGUUCCGAGAACAAGUCGAGGAGCGCCUGGCAUUCUACGAGACUGGCCAAGCACCCCGCAAGAACGCCGAUGUCAUGAAGGAGGCAUUGCGAGAGGCUGGCAAGGAGCAGCGAAGCGCCGAGGACGAGUCUGAGGCGAUGGACACCUCCUCGGACAAGAAGGACAAGAAGGAUAAGAAGGAAAAGAAGGAAAAGAAAGAAAAGAAGGACAAGAAGGACAAGUCUGAGCCAGAGGCCAUGGACACUUCUUCGGACAAGAAAUCCAAGAAGGUCAAGUCCAAGUAAACUUGAUUAUUUUUUUCGCCUAAUUUGUUAUGAUUCCCCCCCCCCCUCUUUGUUUUCCUUGCGUCUCUAUGUGUUUCUGAUUGUAGUAUUGAACAUUUUCCCCCCGCCCGUAUUUUUUCUUUUUGCACGAGCUCAAACGAGCGUGAACAUGUCCAAACAAAGCAGU